UUGCAACUUGUCUCAAUGUUUUCAAAAGAUAACUAUAGGCAAAAAAAAAUCAAAUUCUUGCCAAUAGUCGUGCAAAAUAGAAAUAAAGACUGAGUGGUAAUCAUCAGAACAUGUAGCGUACGCCGUAUUAGCCAUUCAAUAUUAUUCAAGUAACUGUAGAGCUUGUUUUAAAAGUGAAAGAUAGAAAUCUAUAAUUCAAAGUAGGAAACUAUCACCGAUUUCUCUAAUGCACUCUACCUCGACUGUUUUGUUUUUAUCCUUUUUUUCCAGACUCGUAUGCUAGCUAACACGAAUGUUGCUUGGUUCUAUUAUUUGGUUCAAAAUUAGCUUCUAGCUCUUGGAAAUAUCCCCUUCUAAUUUCUUACCCAAAAAGCAGUAAAAAUGGUGCAUCAUGUUAGAUAGUUAUCAACAUCAAGGGCUAAAUGUACCUGAUGAAUGACCGACGGAUGCUGAAACGUGAGUGGAUUCAAACUUAGAGACAGCUAAAUGUCUACCUCGAAUGACGUCAGCGAGCAUCUUCUGGACUCAAGUACGAACCUUUUCACUUCUGACAAUAGCUCAGCGGGGCCAUCUAAUUAUCAAGCACAACUACCCAUUUCGGCUUCAGCUAACUUAACUUCUGCUGCCAGAGAAUCACUCCAAAUGACAAUACCGUUGGCAUCUUCACAUAUCAACCAAGACAGAAUUGGGGGUAUGGGGAAUUUGCGGGGUAUGAUGCGGGUAACGGGAUCUCCGACAGUUCCUCCGGCUUUUCCGUUCCUGUCAGCCGUGGACUCGUUGACUUCUGUAUCGCCUAUUUUGCAGUCAUUGUUCUCGAGGAUAGAAGCGGAGUUUCAGAAUUUGACGCAAGAGAAUCAAAGACUGCAAAGUGAAAACACGAGACUCGUACAAAAAAUGAAUCAAAUGCAGCAACAGCAGUUUAAUUCUUCCGAUAUCAACUCAAAUAACAACAAUAACGCCAACUUCUGUUUACCAACUGGACAUCCGAAUGCCAAUGUGUACUCAGACGAGAACAAUCUCGAACCGAUUUCGAGUCGGUCAGCCCACGUGACAACUGAAUCGUGCACUCCAGUGUCGAAUGUAGUUGUGAGCAAUAAUAACAUGAGUCAUACGAGCAGUGUCUUGCCCCAGGUGGCGCCUUCUAUGCCAAACAGCGCCGCCUUGACAUCCUCAGCCGACCAGAAAUCAAAACUGAGAGUCGUACAAAAAAUGAAUCAAAUGCAGCAACAGCAGUUUAAUUCUUCCGAUAUCAACUCAAAUAACAACAAUAACGCCAACUUCUGUUUACCAACUGGACAUCCGAAUGCCAAUGUGUACUCAGACGAGAACAAUCUCGAACCGAUUUCGAGUCGGUCAUCCCACGUGACAACUGAAUCGUGCACUCCAGUGUCGAAUGUAGUUGUGAGCAAUAAUAACAUGAGUCAUACGAGCAGUGUCUUGCCCCAGGUGGCGCCUUCUAUGCCAAACAGCGCCGCCUUGACAUCCUCAGCCGACCAGAAAUCAAAACUGAGAGGUACGUAUAAAACCGAAUUAUACGACCUGCGCAAGACGAAGUCAAUUGCGGUCGGAAUUACCAUUUUCUUUUCGUUAGUAAGAAAGUUGUGA